AUGGCAUACUACGACGUCGCUGUCAUCGGCGGAGGGCCUGCUGGUCUCACCGCGGCGGCUACCCUGGCCCGCCAACUUCACAGCGUGGUUGUGUUAGACUCGAAAAAGUACCGAAAUGCAAAGGCGACGGGUAUGUACAUGGUUCCUGGUCACGAAGGCAAGAACCCAGAAGACUUCCGCCGUGAGUCUCGGGAGGGUCUCUCCAAGUACAAGACUAUCGAGUUCCAUGAUGUCCGAGUCGACAAGGUUGAGAAGAAGAAUGAUUCCCACUUCUUGAUCACUGAUGCUGUGGGCAAGGACUGGAACUUCCGCAAGCUUUUGCUCGCGGUCGGUUCCUCGGAUAUCUUCCCCGGGAUCGAGGGCUAUGAAUCCCUCUGGGGCGAGCGCAUCUUCCAUUGUCUCUUUUGCAAAGGCUAUGAGGAGAAAGGUACCCAGUCUGCCGGAGUGCUGGCCAUGGCUCCCAUCCCGCUCCCGACCGAGAUGAUGGUCGGUAUGGCCGUUCACGCCGCUGAAAACGCAUCCCAGUUGAGCGAGAACGUUACGCUGUACACCCAAGGGAACGACGCACUCACCGCUGCUCUUGUGCCCGCAGUCAGUCAGAAGACAAAGUGGACCGUCGAGCCGCGGGUCAUCAAGCGCAUAACCAAAGGAGACGGCGAGUCCGUGACGCUGGACUUUGAAGACGGAGGAGCGAGCAAGGACGAAAAGUUCCUGGUCCACCAGCCGCUCACGGAGCCAUCCGGGCCCUUCGUCCAACAGCUUGGGCUGGCCACCACCCCGAUGGGGGAUAUUCAGGCUGAAGGUCCGUUCUAUCAGACCAGCGUCAGGGGUGUGUUUGCCGCAGGAGACUGCAUGACUAUGUACAAGGUCAUCCCAGGAGCUAUAUCUACUGGAUGCAAUGCCGCUGUGGGGGCAUCUACGCAGAUCCUGUCUGAAAUGCAUGGCUUCCCAUCUCCGGUCUAA